AUGAAUGACGAUUUCAUCGACAGUAUUGAUCUGAUUGAUCACAAAAAAGUGACCAUGGUCACCAAUGUGGGCACCAAUCAUCACCCGAGUACCUCUUCCUCUGCUAACCACUUGUCCAUCAACUCAAAUGUUGUUCACAAUAAGAGAGUUGUAUUCGAAGUCGAAUCCAAUGAAAGGAAGUCCUCGAAGACAGAGCCGAACCGUUACUACUGUGUAAUUGAUGCCAAUUAUUGCAGUUGUGAGGCAUUUAGAAGA